AUGCCGCUCCAUCUAGAUACAAACAAGAAGAGAUACCUUAACUCAGAUGACCGAAAAGUCGUGUAUUUCAGCUGCAAGAGCGCCAUGGUGGACGGCAAGAUUCCAAGAGGAGUUUUCAAGAGGGUGGCCAACUCCAUGGGUUCAAAUCGGUCAACGGUUUCAAGACAAUGGGAAUCCGUUAGCAGGGCUUUGGCGCCACUCCUAGAUAACCAUCCUGAGACAGCACAUGCACAAAUCAUUGCAGCCAAUGGCCACAUUUUCGAUCCUGGGUUUUCUUCAAGGCGAAAAGGCAAGUACAAGCAUGACCGUGGAGCUCUCCGUACUACUAUCAAGGAAGUUCCUUUGCAACAACGUCGAAGCAUGAGGAAGCUCUCGAGGAAGCUCCACAUCCCUCGUACGUCGCUGCGUCGAAUGCAAGCCAAGAAGAAACUCAAGGAGGGCGAAACUGGUGAUCCGUCGAAUAUCUUCCAGCCAACAAGGAAGUCCACGCUGAAGCCGACAUUGACCGACAUGAACAAGCUCACCCGUCUUAACUUCUGUUUGGAACAGAUCGACACGGAGUCAAGGCAUGGCAGAGCAAGCUACAAGUUCCACGGUCAGUAUAACAAAGUGCAUCUUGAUGAAAAGUGGUUCUUCCUCACUCGCAACAAAGAAACCUACAUUUUGCUUGAUGAUGAAGAGCUUCCCGACCGAGCCACGAAACACAAGAGCCACAUCACGAAGGUCAUGUUCCUCUGUGCACAAGCGAGGCCUCGCAAGGAUCAUGCCACUGGAGCGAUUUGGGAUGGAAAGAUUGGAAUGUGGCCCAUUGGCCAUUAUACUACUGCUUUGCGAAACAGUUGUAAUAGACCGGCAGGGACUACUGAGUGGCAGAAUGACAAUGUCGACCAUGAGAGUUACAGAGAGCUACUUACGAAUGAAGUCUUUCCAGCCAUCCUUGAGAAGUGGCCGACCAAUGAAUUUCAAGAGCCUGGAUUCAAGAUUUUGGUACAGCAAGAUGGUGCUGGAGGCCACACUUCAGCCGAUGAUCCAGAGAUAAUUAACUGGAUCUAUGAGCAAGGAUUGGAGGAUCAAUUCGAGGUCUAUACUCAACCAGCCAACUCUCCAGACCUCAAUAUCAACGAUCUUGGCCUCUUCAAUGCCCUUCAACAAGCAUACCAUGACUGUACACCCAAAACUUCUGUUGAAAUAAUUGAGUGUGUCCAGAAGACAUUCAAGGACUACCCAUGGCAGGCUGUUGACCGACUGUUUGUUACUCUGCAGUCGGUAUUCAAUGAAAUUAUUGACUGUGGUGGCCACAACACCUACAAGAUCCCUCACAUGAACAAGGAGCGACUACAAAGGCUUGGAAUUCUUCCACGGCAACUCGAUGUUUCUCCCAACGCUGACGGCUACUUGUAA